UUCCUUGCUUCAUUUCUUUGAAGAAAGAGGCCAAUCAUUCUCACUCUCUCUCUCUCUCUCUCUCUCUCUCUCAAAACAUAAACCUAUCAGCAUCUAUAACCCCCAACAACUUCUCAUUUCCAACUUCCAAGCUUUGCUAGUUAAUCAAUGGCGAUCUGGACUCUGUUUCCUCUGCUUUCAGCUUCUCUUCUUCUCCGUCUAAUAUGGUCUUUACCGCCAACCAAUGCAAACUCUGAAGGUGAUGCUCUGUAUGCACUGAGAAGGGCUGUGAAGGACCCAAAUAAUGUUUUGCAGAGUUGGGAUCCGACUUUGGUGGAUCCUUGUACUUGGUUCCAUGUUACUUGUGACAGUGAUAGUCGGGUUACCCGAUUGGACCUUGGAAAUGCAAACCUGACGGGCAGUCUAGUACCCGAGUUGGGAAAGCUUCAGCGCCUUCAGUAUUUGGAAUUGUACAUGAACAACUUGGCUGGUCCUAUUCCUAAUGAACUUGGAGGAUUAAAGAGCCUCCUAAGCUUGGAUCUUUACCAUAACAACCUCACUGGCUCUAUCCCUCCUUCCCUAUCCAAGCUCUCGAAUCUGAAAUUCCUGAGACUGAACAGCAAUAGGCUGACUGGAAGGAUUCCCAGACAACUUACUAAACUCGGAAACCUCAAGAUCUUUGACGUGUCAGAUAAUGAUUUGUGUGGUACAAUUCCAACCAUGGGCUCGUUCUCUAAACUCUCAGAGGAAAGUUUCAAAAAUAACCCAAGAUUGGAAGGACCAGAACUUAUGGGGUUUGUAAGGUACGAUAUUGGAGGAAGUUGUGCAUGAUCAUGUCUUUGUGCAUGCCGACACCAACGGAGCAACAAAGUGUUGCUAGCUUAUAUUAGAAAAUGCACUCUUAGUGGGAAGGCUUAUUCUGUGCUUUACUCUCUCUCUCUCUCUCUCUCUCUAUAUAUAUAUAUAUAUAUAAAAGAAAAUUUUACUUGGAAAAUCAAAAGGAGCCUUCUUAUCAAGCGGUAGAGCCAAAUUUCAUCUCCAUGUUAGGGGUUAACUUUCUGUGGGUGUGGGGUUUACGUGUAGAUUCCAGAACAGUUGGUUUAUGUGAUGGUUAUUAAUUGUACCAUACAACAUAUAUAUAUAUAUAUAUAUAUAUAGAUAUAGAUAUAGAUAUAGAUAUAUUAACAGAAAGGCAAUGGAAAAAUUUUGAAUCAAUCAACACUCAGUAAUUACCUCAAGCACUAGAAAAAGGGGCAGGAAAAUAUAAAUAUUGCUGAGAAUUCAGAUGAUACCAACCGGUACCUUGCUAUACGACUUACAAAUUAUUGGCUCUUAUGUUAAGUUUCUGUUUGUUUUACUUAAGAUACGGAGUUUGAAAUUCACCCUAAAACAAGAGAGGGGGAAAAAAAAAAAAAGAAGGGAAAAACGUUGAAGAUACUUAGUUUGAAAGCUAGAGUAUGAAGUUGUCCUUUUAAGGGCUGAAAAGUGAAAACAAGUAAUCGGAAAAGAAAGUUGUCGAGUAAUAACUGCCUGUUAAGAAGUCGAUAGGAAAAUAUAAAAUUUAGAGAAUUAAUUGGAAGUGAAUACACAUAAUUUUAAGUCUCACGUGUUUAGAAGAUUAAGAAAUAUUUUAUAAUUAAACUGUAUGCAACAUUUUUCUCCAAGGAAUCAAACAGCCAUCUUUGGAUCACAAAGGGGUAGUAAAUAACAAUGAAAAUAAACUAUUAAUUGCUCGGAUACAUUAAAAAAUAAUAAUAAAUAAAUAAAUAAAUAAAAGGUAAAAAAAUAUUAAUUGCUCAGAAAAAAAAAAAUACAAAA